AAGUGUCCGGACUGGAAGGAGGGGGUGAAAGUGUCCGGACUGGAAGGGGGUGAAAGUGUCCGGACUGGAAGGGUGGGAAAGUGUCCGGACUGGAAGGGGGUGAAAGUGUCUGGACUGGAAGGGGGGGAAAGUGUCCAGACUGGAAGGGGGGGAAAGUGUCCGGACUGGAAGGGGGUGAAAGUGUCCGGACUGGAAGGGGGGGAAAGUGUCCGGACUGGAAGGGGGGGAAAGUGUCCGGACUGGAAGGGGGAGGGAAAGUGUCCAGAC